AUGGCAGGCAACGCACCGGGGCCACCAGUCAUGGAAGAGGCAAACCCUACCGUAAGACUGAAAGGCAAAGACGGUGAGUAUGGUGAGACUCUGGAGUAUGACACCUUCCAAUCUCGAGGUGGGAAUCCGGAAGACCUUGUGGACGAAGAACGAUGGCUUGACUUUCCAGCACAUGUUCGUUCCCCCUUGAAAAGGUCUAGGAUGAAGGAAUCCGAUAGAGACACUUCUUUAACACCCACUGAAAUAUCUGGGAUGAGAAUCAUCUGGAACCCAGAACCAGUCUCUGGUCUUGGAAAUAACAACUUUCUGAGAGUAGAUACUGGUCGAAAGAUGACUGAGACACAUCUGGCGGUUAAGUUAGCUGCCAGAGCUUGUUAUCAUACCAAGAUCCUCCGCUGCGAGAUGAAAGAAUGGCUGGGCAUCGGUAGUGGUACCCUGCUCGCAACGGACAAAAAGGUCAGCGCUGUAUAUGUAGGGAUAUCAGCACAUAACUUUCACGCUAUCUUCAUGAUGAAGUCGAGUACUCAACACUUGGCUGAUGGCUUUACUCCAUAUGGCGUCUCAAGGCAGCAAUAUUUUACGGACUCAUUGAGUUUGGACAACACGGAAUUUGUCGAUUUGGUAUUUGGGCCAGGGUAUCCGAUAAAUGGCCACGAGAUCAACUGGACCGAGAACAUGCUGAUCCCAGGCAACAUCUCAUAUGUCAAACGAGCACUCCAUGAUCACCUAGAUGAUGGUGAGAAGACUAGGUUUCUACAGCUAUUGAGGCGAGAGCAUCACGUCUUUAUGGCUGGGAAUGGCCCAGCAGGUGUUGCUAAGACUCUACCGUCCAAUGAAGAACUAGGCCGAAAGCCCUUGAUUUGUCGUGCUAUUCAAGGUGGAAAGGACUACAACACGCUACAUUUCACCCUGGAGUGGCCUCCAAUGGCAUUGCUGGAGAUUCCCGAAGACAUGGUCAGCCAGAUGCAAAGCUUUCUCAACAACUAUCCUUCUGACAAUGUGCCUCUGAACAUUGCCCUGGCCGCGACAAUUAUCUAUUUCGAUAUCGAAGAAACAUGCGAUAACGAAUUGGAGGGCUUUCUAGAUUCCUUUCCUAAGAAGCCAGCUCUUGUGCCAAGAGUCUCCCUGGCGGCUUUUAUCAUAUACUUUCCGCACAUGUUAAGGUUUGUAGAAACACACCAUUUGACGUCGUUCCUUCAUCCGUUCCGGUUCGCCAACUACUAUAAAUCCCACUGCGGUCCCCUCGAAGUCACUGCCAGUCGCGAUCACCUCAAUCCAGUCUCAAUGCGCUUGUGCUAUCACGAGAUCCGUUCUCGUCAUCCGCAAGUUCUCGCGGACUCAAGGUUCACUUUGAUUCCUGCAUCUAUGCCAGGGUCUACUAUGGUAUUUCCUGAAGACUGUACUCAUGCUCAGAGACCAUCACCAGACCUGUUCGCGAUUUGUUGUCUGAAUGACGUGCGAACGUUGGGAGUUCCAAGUUACUCAUAUGAAUCAGAUUCCUCUCUUCGGUGUGUAGGAGCACCCAAAUGGCUCUUCACAAAGGCGGUUCGGCAAUCUGAUAACAAUUGCUUGUCACUCACUGGCCAUCCUACAAUCGCCUAUUGGAAUACUACCACUCCUCAGACUAUCAAAGCUCUUACCGGCUCGGCAAGGACAAUCGGCCCUGUUUUCCCUGAUAUCGGGUCGGAUUACUACAACACGGAGACCACAGUGUCUUGCGCGAAGCGGUGGUUCAGCGAUGAGACUUACUACACUCAGAACUUCCAGUUUUGUCUCGAUAAUCCAGAGCGUGAACGAAAGAACAUGGCAGCCCGGGCGGACGAGCUCAUCAGGAUUGCGGAUCGCUUGGGCAUUCCACCCACUGAAAGAAGGACUAGCCAUCAGACCAUGUUGCUUGAGUGGGAUGGUAUGGAAGAACAUUUAAAGUCGCUUCGCGAAGAGGGAAAACUGAAGCGACUAGCUGCGCCGGAGUAUUCUACACCUCCAGCAAAGCGAGCACAGCCUGUCGAGCCAACCUUGAGCUCGGACAUCAAAGCGGAGAUGCUUCAAACUAUCAAAGGCCUUGCAGCUGCGUCCUGCGACUGGGACAACCUGCUAAAGGAUCUUCAGACUCCGGCUCCAACGGUGAAAGCGAUUCAAGAGUCAUUCUCAUGUGUGCGGUUGUUCGUAUCGGAGUUGGAGAAGAUCCUGCCGGAGGAGAAUGAUGGCAAUGGGGAGGGAGAUCUGAACCAUGUCCUUCGACUAGUGUUUCGAGCCGAGGGAAUUUUCGGGUCGGGAGUAGAAGCAAUGGACUACGAGUCAAAAUGGGGACAACAUCGCCACAGGCUUUCCCAAAUGUUUGGACAGCCAAUUGGGAAGGCUAUGGAAACUGCUUUCAGGCUUCGGAACACCCCUGACGCGUUUGGACUCAUUCUUCCCCAGAUUCAGGUGUUGAGAGAAUCUGCUUUGAUCAAAGACCAAGUCGAGGCCUUCAAGAAGAUCGAGGCACUACUGGGACAGCCACUGACAGACAUCGACGUUGAGACAACUUUGGGGGACAGCGAGGCACUACAAUGA